AUGCCCUCGACUGUCGUCCUCGGCACAGGCAUCAUCGGCCUCUCCACCGCGUACGCCCUCGCCCUCCUCACCCGCGACACCGACCCCGCCCACGCCAUCCACCUCGUCGAGCCGUCCCCGCAGCUCUUCGCCUCCGCCUCCGGCAAGGCCGCGGGCUUCCUCGCCAAGGACUGGUUCGGCCCCGCCAUCGCGCCCCUCGCCGCCCUCUCCUUCGACCUCCACCGCGCCCUCGCAGCCCAGCACAACGGCCGCGACCGCUGGGGCUGGUCCGAGAGCGUCUCCUACUCCCUCGACCGCGACGCCGCGUCCGCGCCCCCCGCGCACACCGUCGACGUCCCGGGCUCCGAGGCCGCCGGCAUCUCGGGCCGCAAUGGCGGCGGCGCGGAGGGCGGCGUCGACUGGAUCCUCACCGGCGAGAGCCGCGCGACCGUGCUCGGCGGCACAGAGCAGGAGGCUGCUGCCCCGCUCGGUGCAGCGGCUGGUCCUGCGUGGCUCCGCGCCAACAUCGGUGCGCUGCAGGCCAUCUCGGGACGCCAGUCGACCGGGCAGGUGCACCCGCUGCGCCUGUGCGAGUUCCUGCUCGAGCAGUGCACCGCGCUCGGCGUGUCGCUGCACCACCCCGCGCGCGCGACCGCGCUCAUACCCGGUGCCGCGCCCGCGCUGUGCCUCGAGCUCCUGGGGCGCGCGCCCGGCACGCGCACCGUCCCCUGCGACAGCCUCGUCCUCGCCGCGGGCUGCUGGACGCCGCACGCGUACCGCACGCUCUUCCCGCACGCGCGGCGCGUCCCGCGCGUGGCGCCGCUCGCCGGGCACUCCGUCGUCCUCCGCUCGGCGCGCUGGCAGCCCGCGGCGGGCGCGCCCUGCGCCGCGGUCUUCACGUCGGACUCGCCCGGGUUCUCCCCCGAGGUCUUCUCGCGCGCCGGCGGGGACGUCUGGCUCGGCGGGCUGAACUCGGCGGCGGUACCGCUGCCGGCGCUGCCGACGGACGCGGUGGUCGAGCCGGAGAGCGUCGCGCGGCUUGUGGGUGUCGCGCAGGCGCUGUGCGGGGACGACGUGGAGGUGCUCCGGGAGGGCGUGUGCUUCAGGCCCGUGUCGUCGACCGGGCGCCCGAUGAUCGUAAGAGUGCCCGGUGCAGAUCUGGGGGAGGGUGCGGAGGGCGUGCGCGUGUUCCUUGCGACGGCGCAUGGCCCAUGGGGGAUUAGCUUGAGCUUGGGCACCGGCAGGGUCGUCGCCGAGAUGGUCCUGGGGAGGGAACCGAGCGCGGACGUGAGUGCGCUCGCGAGCUGGUAUGAUUAG